AUGGCCGCCGAGCGGGACGUCAGGAAGCGCUUCCUCGCCGCCACCGCCGCCAACUACUUCGGGCUGGAGCCGGCCGCGGCGCUCUGCGGCAGCCGCGAGCUCGCCAGCUUCCUGGACGACGGCAACGAGCUGGUGCUGGCGGUGCGGCGCGCGGGAGCGCAGCUCGCCGCCUCCAACCAGAUUGACACUGCUGAUUCAAAGAAUAAUGUGUUAGUAUUUUUUAAGCUGCGACCUGAUGUAAUUACAGAAGAUAAUCUUCACAGUAAUAUUCUAGUGUCAUCUAUGUUAGAUUCACCUAUUAAUACCCUUUAUCAAGCUGUACGACAAGUUUUUGCACCUGUAUUACUGAAGGAUGAUAGAUGGAGUGAAGCAUUUGAUCCCAAACUCCAGAAACUUUUAAGGGAACUUGAGGCUGGUUUAAGUACUGUUCUCAGAAGAUCAGACCCUAAUUACACAGGGGCAAAGUUCAGUGAAGAUGAUGUGCAAGCUAUACUUACACCAACAGAUGAAUUUCAGUUCUGGACAGAAUGUGCUCGUCAUGGGAGUAAAUUUUCUAGUAAAGAGAGAGCUUCUCACUUUAAAAAACUAUUUGAGGGCAUUGAAAAAGAUUACUACAACUUGGAUAGUCUCUCGUUAUUUGAAGUUAUGGAUUUAGUGGAGACUACCAGAGAURCUCUUGAUGGUGUGUGGCGACAAACAGAACAUGAUCCUUAUCCACAGCUACGCAUGCAUAAUCUCUUGGAUGUCAUAGGUGGCUGUUUAGGUAGGUUUGUUCAGAGAAAAUUGGCAGCUUUGAAUCUAUGGGAGGAUACUUUUCACGUUGUUAAAGAAAAUCUGAAAGCUGGCAUCUUGAUCUGUGAACAGUGGGUAUCAGCUUGUGCAUACUUGACUGGACAACUAUGGCAAUGUUACACACUACAUCCCUGGAAARAUGAGAAAUAUUUCCCUGAAUUGUUAGCCAAACUUGGCAAACGUCUUGAUGAGGUUCUCACUAUUAGAACAGUGCACGAGAAACUUUCAUUCUUUUUGUCAACUGGAGAACAAAAUACUCUACAUGUUGCCCAGGUGUUUGAGCCUUUUGCUGGAUUAAAUCCUGUACACUAUAAUCCUUACACAGAGCCAUUAUGGAAAGCUGCAGUCUUGCAAUAUGAAAGAAUUAUUGCACCAGCAGAACAGCAAAUAGCAAGCAAAUUGAAAAAAAAAAUUUCAGAAAUUCAAGAUAGUCCCCAACAGCUUCUUCAAACAUUUCAGAAAUACAAGGAACUGAUAAAGCGUCCAAACAUUAGCAAAGAUUUGCUCUUUGAAAGGGAAACUUUGCUGGCAAGACUUCAUGAUUCUGUCAAGGCCUAUCGGAUAGAUUUUGAAACACGAUGCCAUGGUGCYCCUGGUGAUGUUUCUGGACCGCUUUCAGGCAAAAACCUUUCAGAAGYUGUCAAUAAUAUCGUAUGGGUACGACAACUGGAGAUGAAGGUGGAAGAUGCUAUCCAACUUGCAGAGGCUCUGCUGUGUGAUUUGUCUGGAUUUCAAACUUUUCAUCAAAGUGCAGAUUCUCUUUUGGAACACUUUAAAGUAUAUGAACAAGAGCAAUUUCAUGAGUGGUCUAGAAAUAUCCAGUCAGAGUUAUCAAAUCCCAAAUCAGGACUAUGCAUACAAGCUAAUAGUCCUAUCAUGGAGCUGGAUCACAAUUCUGGAACAUUAAAUGUACUUUACUCAGAUCAUUUAGUGACUCUCCUAAGAGAAGUACGUCAACUGUCAGCACUUGGUUUUUCUAUUCCAUCUAAAAUACAAUAUGUUUCAAACACUGCACAGAAGUUCUGUAAGCAAGCAGUCAUCCUCAAGCAGGUGGCACAUUUUUAUAAUUCUGUUGAUCAACAAAUGAUUGAGAGUCAGAAGCCAAUGAUGUUGCAGUCUGCUCUAGCAUUCGAACAGAUAAUUAAGCAUUCAAAAACUGGUCCUGGAGGAAAAGCUCAAAUAACAUGGGAUAAUCCUAGGGAACUGGAAGCUUAUAUUCAAAAGCUCCAAGCUGCUGCUGAACGACUUUCUACUGAAAACAGAAAGCUAAGAAAGUGGCACACAAACUUCAUUGAAAAGGUUAUAGCUCUCAUGAAUAUUGAUUUACUGAGGCAACAGCAACGUUGGAAAGAAGGAGUGCAGGAGAUCAGAACUGGUUUUGCCAGCCUCGAGUCACAGGGUUUCAGCUCACGGGAGAUGAAAGCUUGGAGACACCAUUGGAAUCAUCAACUUUACAAAGCUCUGGAGCAUCAAUAUCAAAUGGGCUUGGAAGCACUCAAUGAAAAUUUACCAGAAAUAAAUAUUGAUCUAACAUUCAAACAAGGCCGGUUGCAGUUCAGACCUCCUUUUGAAGAAGUACGAGCCAGAUAUUACAGAGAAAUGAAGAGAUUCAUCUCCAUUCCAAACCAGUUUAGGGGAGUGAGUGAGACAGACGAGGAAUCCAUCUUCACUGUUAUGACUGAAAGAAAUGCCAAUGGAUUUCUGACUGCUUUCAGUAAAGCAGAAGAUUUAUUCAGAAGGUUGGCUGAAGUUUCUCAUCAAUUUAAGGAAUGGAUUGUAAUUGGUCAAGUAGAUGUGGAAACUCUGGUGAAGAAACAUCUUUCUAGCAAACAGGACUGGGAAAAAAACUUCAAGGCUUUAAAAGUGAGAGGGAAAGAGGCAGAACGUCUUCCAAGCACCGUCAAGAUUGAUUGUUUAAUAGUUAACUGCAAUCCUGUGAAAACUGUAAUUGAUGAUUUUAUCCAGAAGUUGUAUGAUGUUCUUGUCAUUUCUUUGAGAAAAUCUAUACAAGCACACCUGCAUGAUAUUUCUUCAUUUCUUACUGAUGCCAUGGAAACAUUAGUAGUUAGGCCCCAAACUAUGGAAGAAAUACAAGAAGACAAUUUAAAAUAUACACACCUCCUUGAAGGAAAACAAGAGAUUUUUACCUUGUUUCAAGAGGCUGAAGAUAAAAAUAAACUCCUGCGGACUGUGGCUGGUACAGGUUUGGACUCUAUCAGUAACCUAAGAGCUACCUGGGAUAAAUUUGAAUUAAUGAUGGAAAGCCAUCAGCUUAUGAUUACAGAGCAGAUUGAAAUGAUGAAAGGAAAUGUGAUGUCACGUAUUAAUAUAUAUCUCCAAAAUCUAGAGAAGUUUAAAGCUCGUUGGGAACAGCUAAAGCCAAGYGAUGAUGUCAUUGAAACAGGUGAUCGGGAUGUGCUUGAGAAAAGUGCUCAAACCAUAAAGGAAAAGAAAAAAGAAUUUGAUGAACUUGAAAUCACGAAGGAGAAACUCAUUGAAGAAUGCCAUCAUUUUAAACUGGAAGUACCAGACUUCUCUUUGUCAACAGGUGUAUAUCAGGAUAUUAAGAGUUGUGCAGAAAUUUGGGCAUUGUAUGAAGAAUUUUUUCAAGGUUUUCAGGAAAAAGCCAAAGAAGAUUGGAUUACUUUUAGGAGUAAAACAUAUCUCUUUGAAGAGUUUUUGUUUAACUGGCAUGACAAAAUGAGGAAGAUAGAAGAACAUACUGUAAUGACAGUGAAGUUACAAAAAGAAGUAGACAAAUACAAAAUGGUAAUUCCUCUCCUAAAAUAUGUCAGAGGAGAACAUCUUUCACCAGACCAUUGGCUGGAUCUUUUUCGUAUUCUGGGUUUUCCCCGAGGCACUACACUUGAGGGUUUGUUAUUUGGAGAUUUGCUCAAAGUCACUGAUGCCAUUAUAGAAAAAGCAACAGAACUUAAGGAUUUGAAUUGUCGGGCACAAGGUGAAGUCACAAUCAGAGAAGCAUUACGUGAGCUUGAACUCUGGGGAGCUGGAGCUAUCUUUACAUUAACAGAUUAUGAAGACAGCCAAAGCAAGACUAUCAGGCUUAUUAAAGACUGGAAAGACAUAGUCAAUCAGGUUGGAGAUCAUCGUUGCCUUCUACAGUCCCUCAAGGACUCCCCUUACUACAAAGGUUUUGAAGAUAAAGUGUCCAUCUGGGAAAAAAAAUUGGCUGAGCUGGACGAAUAUUUGCAGAAUUUAAACCAAAUUCAAAGAAAAUGGGUCUAUUUGGAGCCUAUAUUUGGUCGUGGAGCUCUACCCAAAGAGCAGGCUCGCUUUAACAGAGUUGAUGACGACUUUAGAUCAAUUAUGUCUGAUAUCAAGAGGGAUAAUAGGAUAACAUCACUGAAUGCCCGGACAGGAUUAAGAAAUGCCUUAAUUACGAUACUUGACCAGCUUCAGAGAUGUCAGAGAUCUUUGAAUGAAUUUUUGGAGGAAAAACGCUCAGCAUUCCCUAGAUUCUAUUUCAUUGGAGAUGAUGAUUUAUUAGAAAUCUUAGGACAGUCCAUGAAUCCGAUGGUCAUCCAGUCUCACCUUAAGAAACUUUUUGCUGGUAUUAAUAGUGUGAGUUUUGAUGAAGAAUUUAAAUACAUAAUUGCCAUGAAGUCAGUAGAAGGAGAAACUGUGCUACUUAAAAACAAAAUUCUUCUGUCAAAUGAUGUGGAGGUGUGGCUAAGCAGUUUGGCUUUGGAGAUGAAGGAGACCCUGAAAAAAUUGUUACUUGAUUGUAUUACUGCUGGAAAAAAAUCACAAGGCUCAAUUGAUCCAUCUCUCUAUCCUUCUCAGAUUCUUUCUUUGGCAGAGCAAAUUCAGUUCACUGAAGAUGUUGAAAAUGCUAUCAAAGAGCAUAAUCUACAACAAUUAGAAUUAGAGCUCAUGUCUAAACUGGAACAUUAUACUAGCAUAGAUACUAGUAUAGAAGAUACCGGAAGUACAGAAUCRGAAAUCCUUGAGCUCAAGCUUAAAGCCCUGAUUCUUGAUAUUAUUCAUAAUAUUGAUGUGGUCAAGCAGCUAAAUCAAGCUCAGGUUCACAGUGUUGAUGACUGGGCUUGGAAGAAGCAGCUGAGAUUCUAUAUGAAAGACCAAAAGUGUUACAUUCAAAUGGUAGAUGCUGAACUCCAAUAUACUUAUGAGUAUCAGGGUAAUUCUCCUAAACUUGUUUAUACACCUUUGACAGAUAAGUGUUACCUAACUCUAACUCAAGCUAUGAGGAUGGGUCUUGGAGGAAAUCCCUAUGGUCCAGCUGGAACUGGAAAGACAGAAUCAGUAAAGGCCUUGGGUGGACUUCUUGGAAGACAAGUAUUAGUCUUUAACUGUGAUGAGGGCAUUGAUGUGAAGUCAAUGGGGCGCAUAUUUGUAGGCUUGGUCAAGUGUGGUGCCUGGGGCUGUUUUGAUGAAUUCAAUAGACUUGAGGAAGCUGUACUGUCUGCAGUAUCGACACAGAUUCAGACAAUUCAGCAUGCUUUGAAGAAACACAGUCCUGUAUGUGAAUUGCUCGGCAAAAAGGUUGAAAUGGAUCAUAAUUCUGGGAUUUUUAUCACUAUGAAUCCUGCUGGAAAAGGUUAUGGAGGAAGACAAAAACUACCUGAUAACCUCAAACAACUUUUUAGGCCAGUUGCCAUGACCCAUCCAGACAAUGAACUCAUUGCAGAAGUGAUUCUGUAUUCAGAAGGCUUUAAGAAUGCUAAAAAGCUGGGUAGAAAAUUAGUGGCCAUCUUUAGUCUAGCCAGGGAGCUUUUGACACCACAGCAGCACUAUGACUGGGGCUUACGAGCAUUGAAGACUGCUCUGAGAGGCUGCGGGAGUCUCCUUCGUCAGCGAAAGAGGCGUGAAACAAAGGAAGAAAUUGAUGAAAGCCACAUGGUGGUCCAGGCCUUGCGGCUUAACACCAUGUCAAAGCUUACGUUUGCAGACUGUGCACGAUUUGAUGCACUGGUUAAAGAUGUCUUCCCUGGCAUUGCCUUUAAAGAUGUGGAGUAUGCUGAGUUAAGUGCAGCUUUACAACAAGCCUUUGAAGAAGCAAAUUUGGAAAUUAUAAGCACUCAGAUCAAGAAGGCUUUGGAAUUGUAUGAACAACUACAUCAAAGAAUGGGUGUAGUUAUUGUAGGUCCAAGUGGUGCAGGAAAAUCAACACUUUGGCGGAUGCUAAAGACAGCGCUUGGUAAAACGGGCAGAGUAGUGAAACAGUACACUAUGAAUCCUAAAGCUAUGCCUCGGCAUCAGUUGCUUGGCCACAUUGACAUGGACACACGGGAGUGGUCUGACGGCAUGCUCACCAACAGCGCUCGACAAGUGGUGCGAGAGCCCCGAGACAUUACUUCAUGGAUAAUUUGUGAUGGUGACAUUGAUCCUGAAUGGAUUGAGUCUUUGAAUUCUGUUCUGGAUGACAACAGAUUGUUAACUAUGCCUAGUGGAGAAAGAAUCCAAUUUGGCUCAAAUGUUAACUUUAUAUUUGAAACUCAUGAUCUUAGCUGUGCCUCUCCUGCUACAAUAUCUCGAAUGGGAAUGAUCUUUUUGAGUGAUGAAGACACAGAUCUCAAUUCUCUAAUAAAGUCUUGGCUAAGAAGUCAGCCUGAGGAAUACCGGUAUAACCUUGAAAACUGGAUUGGAGACUAUUUUGAGAAGGCCUUAAACUGGGUUGUAAAGCAGAAUGACUAUGUGGUAGAAACAAGUCUAGUUGGAACUGUGAUGAAUGGACUCUCUCAUCUACAUGGAUGUACUGAUCGUGGGCAGUUUAUCAUUAACUUAUUACGGGGUCUUGGUGGCAAUCUCAACAUGAAAUCACGACAAGAGUUUACAAAACAGAUUUUUACAUGGGCACGAGAAUCUCCACCUGAUCCCAGGAAGCCUCUGGACACAUACUAUGAUACUGACACUGGACAGCUAAUGACAUAUCAACUGAAAAAACCUGAAAAUCUAACUGCUGAUGACUUCAGUAAUCUGCAAACACUUCCUGUCAUCCAAACCCCUGACAUGCAGAGAGGAUUAGAUUACUUUAAACCUUGGCUAGAUUUUAACAAUAAGCAGCCAUUUCUUCUUGUGGGUCCUGAAGGAUGUGGAAAAGGGAUGCUGCUUCGUUAUGCAUUUUCUCAACUCCGAUCCACGCAAAUUGCUACUAUUCACUGCAGCGCACAAACCACCUCUCAACAUCUUCUGCAAAAAUUAAGUCAAACCUGCAUCGUAAUCAGUACAAACACCGGGCGAGUAUACAGACCAAAGGACUGUGAAAGGCUUGUUUUGUACUUAAAGGAUAUCAAUCUGCCCAAACCUGACAAGUGGGGAACAAGCACUCUCGUGGCUUUUCUGCAGCAGAUUCUGACAUACCAAGGAUUUUAUGAUGAAAACCUGGAAUGGGUUGGUUUGGAAAACAUCCAAAUUGUGGCUUCUAUGUCUGCUGGAGGAACAUUAGGAAGGCAUAAACUUACUACCAGGUUUACUUCUAUUGUUCGGAUUUGUGCAAUUGACUAUCCAGAGAGAGAGCAACUGCAGRCUAUUUACAGUGCCUACCUGGAACCUGUACUACACAAAAACCUGAAGAAUCACCCUGCCUGGGGUUCUUUACCAAAAAUUCACCAGCUAGCAGGAUCUAUGGUUCAAGUAUAUGAGCAGGUACGGGCAAAAUUCACAGUUGAUGAUCACAGUCAUUACCUCUUUACACCGUGUGUUCUUACUCAGUGGGUUCUGGGUUUAUUCAGAUAUGAUUUAGCAGCUGGAUCAUCAACACAAACUGCAGACUAUGUAUUGGAAAUUGUUACGUAUGAAGCACAUCGUUUAUUCCGUGACAAAAUUGUUGGCAUGAAAGAACUCUCUAUAUUUGAUAAUAUUUUAAUGAAAGUAUUUCAAGGUGACUGGGGCUCAGAUGUCUUGGAUAAUAUGUCAGAUAUCUUCUAUGUAACUUGGGGAGCUUGUCGUGAGGCAUGUGUUGCUCCAGGACAGGCACUACCACCUCAUGGGAAGCCUCUUGGCAGGCUAAACUCUGCAGACCUGAGAGAUAUUAUUAAAAAGGGUAUUACCCAUUAUGGGCGAGACAAAAAAGAGAUUGAUAUUUUACUGUUCCAAGAAGUCAUCAAYUAUAUGUCCAGAGUGGACAGAGUGUUAAGUUUUCCUGGAGGAUCACUCCUUUUGGCUGGACGGAGUGGUGUCGGUCGUCGAACAGUUACGUCGUUAGUUAGUCAUAUGCAUGGAGCUGUUCUGAUUACUCCCAAAAUUUCUAGAGGCUAUGAGCUGAAGCAAUUCAAAAAUGACCUUAAACAUGUGAUGGAGCUUGCUGGCAUCGAAGCCCAGCAAGUGGUAUUGCUGCUUGAGGACUAUCAGUUUGUUCACUCCACAUUCCUCGAGAUGAUCAACAGUUUGCUCUCUUCCGGAGAAGUUCCUGGACUAUAUAAAAUAGAAGAAUUGGAACCCUUGCUAUCUCCUCUGAAGGAUCAAGCUUCACAAGAUGGAUUUACAGGGCCAAUUUUCAACUAUUUCACAUACAGAAUCCAACAGAAUCUGCAUGUUGUCUUGAUCAUGGAUUCUACCAAUUUAAAUUUUGCAAUAAAUUGUGAAAGUAAUCCAGCACUGUACAAGAAAUGUCAGGUCUUGUGGAUGGAAAGCUGGUCUGAAAAUAGUAUGAAAAAGAUACCUGAAAUGCUUUUGAAGGAUCCUGAUGAACAACAAGAGACUGGAAAAACAUAUACAGAAUUUAAGAAAAAACAUUCAGGUGAUUCUGUGUUUUUGAGAUCAUUUUUGACAAUCCACGAAUCAUGUAAAAUGUAUGGAGCAACUCCCAGCAGGUAUAUGACGUUUCUUCGUAUGUAUAGUACCAUCAAUAGCAGUAAAARAAGUGAACUGCUAAAAAGGCAGAAACACUUACAGGCAGGUGUUUCAAAGCUGAAUGAAGCUAAAGCYCUUGUAGAUGAAUUGAACAGAAAAGCUGGAGAACAAAGCAUAUUACUUAAAACUAAGCAGGAUGAGGCUGAUGCUGCCCUCCAGGAAAUUACAGUAUCUAUGCAGAGUGCUAGCGAGCAGAAGACAGAAAUGGARAAAAUAAAACAACGGAUAGCAGAAGAGGCUGCGGAAAUAGAAGAAAGGAAAAGAAAAAUUGAAGAUGAACUGAAAGAGGUUCAGCCACUUGUUAAUGAAGCUAAACUAGCUGUUGGAAAUAUAAAACCAGAGUCUUUGUCAGAAAUCCGAUCAUUACGGAUGCCCCCUGACAUAAUCCGAGACAUACUGGAAGGAGUAUUACGACUGAUGGGAAUUUUUGAUACAUCAUGGGUGAGCAUGAAGAGUUUUUUGGCCAAAAGAGGAGUGAGAGAAGACAUAGCAACCUUUGAUGCCCGUAACAUUCCAAGAGAAAUAAGGGACAGUGUUGAAGAACUUCUUUCCAAAAACAGAAUGUCUUUUGAUCCAAAGAAUGCUAAACGAGCCAGCGCUGCAGCUGCUCCAUUAGCCUCUUGGGUGAAUGCCAACGUCAAGUAUUCUCAUGUCCUAGAACGAAUUCAACCUUUGGAAAAAGAAAAAGCUGGCUUGGAAGCUAAUCUCAAGAAAACUGAAGAGAGAAAACAGAAAUUAGAAGAUCUUCUCAACUCUGUAGGUCAAAAAGUGUCAGAACUGAAAGAUAAGUUCCAGAGUAGAACAACAGAAGCAGCAAAACUUGAAGCAGAACUUAACAAAGCUCAGAAAACACUGAAAGCUGCAGAGGUACUAAUAAGUCAGCUGGAUAGGGAACACAAAAGAUGGAACACUCAGGUGUCAGAGAUAACAGAUGAACUGGCUACAUUGCCUAAAAGAGCUCAGUUAGCAGCUGCAUUUAUUACCUAUCUUUCUGCUGCUCCAGAGGACCAGAGAAAAGCCAGCUUGGAUGAAUGGACAAAAUYAGCCGACCUUGAAAAGUUUGAUGUAAGACGGUUCCUGUGUACAGAAAGUGAGGAGUUAGUCUGGAAAAGUGAAGGUUUACCCUCAGAUGAUCUUUCGAUAGAAAAUGCUCUUGUUAUCUUGCAGAGCAAAAUUUGCCCAUUUUUGAUAGAUCCUUCCUUCAGGGCUACAGAGUGGCUGAAGACACAUUUGAAAGAAUCACGUUUGGAAGUUAUUAACCAGCAGGACACCAACUUCCUGACUACUCUUGAGCUGGCAGUGAGAUUUGGGAAGACACUUAUUAUACAGGAAGUGGAUGGAGUAGAACCUGUUCUUUAUCCUUUGUUAAGGAAAGAACUUGUUGCUGAAGGACCUCGAUAUGCUAUACAGAUAGGUGACAAAAUGAUAGAUUUUAAUGAAGAGUUUCGUCUUUUUCUGUCAACAAGGAACCCAAAUCCCUACAUUCCACCCGACGCUUCUUCUAUUGUUACUGAAGUAAACUUUACCACAACAGGAAGUGGUUUAAGAGGACAGCUUUUGGCUAUAACUAUUCAGCAUGAAAAACCUGAUUUGGAAGAGCAGAAGACAAAGCUGUUACAACAAGAAGAAGACAAGAAGAUACAGUUAGCUAAACUUGAGGAAUCUCUUUUGGAGACACUUGCAACGUCACAGGGCAAUAUACUAGAAAAUAAGGAUCUGAUUGAAUCUUUGAAUCAGACUAAAGCAAGUAGUGCACUCAUUCAGGAGUCACUUGCGGAAUCUCAGAGACUUCAGAGUUUUCUUGAUCAGGAGCGAGAUGCCUAUCUUCCAUUAGCUGAGAGUGCUAGCAAGAUGUACUUUAUUAUUUCUGACUUGUCCAAAAUUAAUAAUAUGUACCGUUUUAGUCUGGCGGCUUUCCUAAGGCUUUUUGAAAGAGCUCUUCAAAGUGAGCAGUCUUCRGAUAAUACUGAAGAAAGAAUGAAGUUGCUGAUUGACUUAUUGAAGCAUAUGGUCUAUGAAUACGUUUGUCGUUGUUUGUUUAAGGCUGACCAGCUAAUGUUUGCUCUACAUUUUGUACGAGGAAUGCAUCCUGAACUCUUUGAAGAGAAUGAAUGGGACACUUUUACAGGUGUGAUCAUUGGAGAUACCAUAAAAAAAUCAGAUACACAAAGAAGUGUUCGUGACCAGCUUCCCUCUUGGAUAGAGCAGGAGCGAGCCUGGGCCGUUGCAUCUUUGAAGACUUCUCUCCCUGAUCUCUAUCAAACACUUUGCUUUGAAGAUGCAAAUCUGUGGCGUACUUUUUAUCAGAGCUCUGUGUGUGAACAAGACUUUCCAUCUUCUGUUGUCAAUAGAAUGUCUUUAUUUCAGCAGGUACUUGUGGUCCAGGCUGUCCGGCCAGACAGACUACAGAGUGCCAUGGCCCUUUUUGCAUGUAAAGCUCUAGGAAUUAAGGAAUUGUCUCCUCCACCUCUGAAUUUGAAACGUCUGUAUAAAGAGACUCUGGAAUUUGAGCCCAUCUUGAUAAUUAUUUCUCCUGGUGCUGAUCCUUCUCAAGAAUUGCAAGAAUUGGCCAGUAUCGAAAGAAAUACUGAAUGCUACCAUCAGAUCGCAAUGGGCCAAGGCCAAGCYGACCUAGCUAUUCAAACUUUAAAAGAAUGUGCACACAAUGGAGAAUGGCUGUGUUUAAAGAACCUACAUCUUGUYAUAUCUUGGCUUCCUGUAUUGGAAAAGGAACUGAAUACGCUACAGCCUCAACCGAACUUUCGCCUUUGGCUUACUGCAGAAGUUCAUCCAAAAUUUACUCCAAUUUUGCUUCAAUCAAGCCUGAAAAUAACUUAUGAAGCACCUCCAGGUCUGAAAAAGAAUCUCUUGCGAACCUAUGAAUCUUGGAUGCCAGAGCAAAUUAAUAAAAAGGGAAAUUUGUGUCGAGCCCAUUCUCUCUUUUGCUUAGCGUGGUUUCAUGCUGUUUGCCAAGAAAGAAGAAAUUACAUUCCUCAGGGUUGGACCAAAUUCUACGAAUUUUCUUUAUCUGAUCUCCGUGCAGGUUUCGACAUUAUUGAUAGACUCUUUGAGGAUUCCAAAGACUUUCAAUGGGAAUUUGUGCAUGGCUUGUUUGAAAAUGCAAUUUAUGGAGGUCGUAUAGAUAACUACUUUGAUAUGAGGGUUCUUCGAUCCUAUUUGGAGCAGCUUUUCAAUACAAGAAUCAUUGGCAAUUCAAAUGGUAGAGGCAAGAAGAUGACUAGAUUCCCAUAUUCCAUCUCUUUACCGAAUUCCUGCAGUGUUUUGGAUUAUCGUAAUAUUAUUGAAAGCCUUCCAGAAGAUGAUAAACCUGAAUUUUUUGGCCUGCCUGCUAAUAUUGCUCGUUCAUCACAACGUAUGAUCAGCUCUCAGGUCAUUUCACAGCUUCGGAUCCUGAGCAGGUCGGUAACUGCUGGCUGCAAAUUUGACAGAGARAUAUGGUCUACUGAACUUUCUCCAAUUCUCAAUCUAUGGAAGAAACUUAAUCAGAAUUCUAACCUGAUUCAUCAGAAGGUGUCUCCUCCUGUGGAGCGACAAGGGUCUCCAAUCUUAUCAUUCAUURCUCUUGAACAAUUCAAUGCAGUUCUCCUUGUUCAGAGUGUCCAUCAGUCACUUGCUGCUUUAAGUAAAGUCAUCAGAGGUACCUCGUUAUUGAGUACUGAAGUACAACAACUAGCAAGUGCUCUGCUGAAUCAGAAGUGUCCUCUCGCAUGGCAAAGUAAGUGGGAAGGCCCAGAAGACCCUUUACAGUAUCUUAGAGGUCUUGUAGCUCGAGCACUUGCUAUACAGAACUGGGUAGAAAAAGCAGAAAACCAGAAAUUGCUGUCAGAAACUCUAGAUCUCUCAGACCUGUUUCAUCCAGAAACCUUUCUCAAUGCGCUACGCCAGGAGACUGCAAGAGUAAUGAGUUGUUCUGUGGACAGCCUUAAAUUUACAGCCUCUUGGAAAGGGCGCAUACAGGAAGGCAAACUUCAAGUUAAGAUCAGUGGUUUGCAACUGGAAGGCUGCAGUUUUGAUGGAAACCAACUUUCAGAAAAUCUGCAUGAUUCUCCCAGUGUGUCAUCUAUACUCCCUUGUUACAUAGCCUGGAUUCCACAGGAUGCAUAUGGUCCAUAUUCUCCAGAGGAAUGCAUAUCUUUACCAGUCUACACCAGCGUGGAAAGAGAUCAUGUGGUGACAAAUAUUGAUGUACCUUGUGGAGGAAACCAAGACCAGUGGAUUCAGUGUGGAGCUGCUUUGUUUUUAAAAAAUCAGUAAGCUGCAGGUGUGUUAAAUUAAUUCCUA